UAUAUGUCGAUAGCAUAUAUAUAUAUAUAUAAGACUUGUACGCAAAUUAAACGCUUAAAACGUACACUAUUACACCAAACGUGUAAAGUAAAACAACUAUUUAUCACACAAUCUCCACUAUUAUUAUUAUUAUUAUUAUUAUUUUUAUUAUUAGCAUUACCUGCAGGCACAAGAAGCAGCCAUGGCUACCUCGCUCCUCCUCUCCCCCACCGCUGCCGGAAAAUUACAAGAGAUCAAUCAGGCGCCUCCAGCAGCGGCAACGCUUCGGACGGCGAAGGACGCCGGAGUUCUCCGGAAGUCGAGAAACAAGGAGAGAUCGAACUGGAGGAUCGCCGCUUUCGUGGUGGAGGAUCCAGCUGGAGUAGCAGUUAAAAAUGCCAAGGCGGUGGAGCGGAAGCUGCGGCGGAAUACAAUCAGCCGCGGAUUUAGCUUCUCCGCGGCGGCGCUGCUCUUCCCAUACCAUACCGGAGUCGCUCAGUUUCUGAUUGAGAAGGAUUACAUAAAUGAAAGAGUACCGCUGGCAGGAUCUUCGGCAGGUGCAAUUACAAGCGCAGCAAUAGCUUCUGGAAUAAGCAUGGAGGAGGGGCUGAGAGCUGCGAAGAAAUUGGCGGAAGAUUGCAGGCUGCACGGUACACUGUUUCGCCUCGCUAAACUUCUGCAGGCCGUUCUUCGAGACACUCUGCAUCGAAUCCUGCCGAACGAUGCUCACAUACGGUGCAGCGGAAGAGUUCGUGUUGCUAUAACACAAAUCCAUAAUUUCAUUCCGAAUGCUUUGCUGGUGGACCAAUUCGAGUCCAAGGAGGAUCUGAUCAACGCAUUGCUGGCUUCCUCAUUCAUUCCAGGGUAUCUUUCGCCAAUGCCGGCGACAGUGUUCCGCAACCAUCUGUGCAUCGACGGAAUCUUCACACAUUUCAUACCCCCAACCUCUGCCCCUCAAACGAUAGGUGUUUCUGCCAUUCCAGGAUUGAUGGGGCUGCAAGAUAUUCGGUUCAUCAGCCCUGAUUGUAACCCUCCACACAGGGCAAAUCUUUUCCAAUAUUUGAAUUGGGCAUGUUGGCCAGCAGAAGAGGGUGUUCUUGAGAGGCUGUUUGAGUGUGGAUACUUGGAUGCAAAAGUUUGGGAUCAUCAAAUAACAUCAUCAACACUACUUCAUUCUUGAAGUUAUGUAUUUGGAGAUUGGCUUAAGAAUAUGUGGACAGAAAUGGGAAUCCAUUAAAAUGCUGAAUUUGGAAUGGGACUUUGUCCCACAUCGGUUUCUGUACACGUAAAGGCAGUGGUGUGUGCUAUAAAUUGGGCUACCCCUGCAAUGUAAAACUCAUACCUUUCUCGGCCUUUUGGCUAAGAUCAAGUGUAGUAUCUGUUCUUAUCAGUUUAAUAUCUGAUACGUGGGCCAUCGGCCCACAUGAUAUUAAAUUUAUUUUUCUAGGGGGAAAGCCCAAUAAAGUAGCUUGCUGCUUGGGCUUUCGAGUGUCGUCUGAACGUUGCACUACAGUUUGGGCCUGGCACACCCCAUCAAAUAUUA